AAAAAAGAUAAACACGAUAGAAGCUUUUCUGGAUCAAUAUAUCAAACAAUGAAGCGUAUAAUUACAGUGUAAAAAAAAAGAGGGACUCUUUCUUCUCUUCUGUUAUUCAAAGAAACAAUGUCUUUUAUAGAUCAAACACACUUUGAACAAGCGAAUAAUCAAAGUCAAGAAAAAAAGAAAGAGAACCCUGCUGCCUGCGUCUUUGUGGCAAGUUUAAACAAGGAAUUGUCAGAUGAAGACUUGCAUACCAGUGUGUAUAAUCAUUUUUUACAGUGGGGUCCUUUAUCAAGUGUCAAAGUCUUAAAGGAUUGGUUAAAAAGACCUUAUGCCUUUGUUCAAUAUGAGUCUGUUCAAGACUCAAAAAAAGCGAUUAAAGAAGCACCAGGCACUAUACUGAAUGGAAGAAGUAUUCGCUGUGAACCUGCUCGAGUCAAUCGCUCAAUCUGUCUAGUCUCAUUCAAUCAACCAUUCCAUAAACAGUAUAUUCAAUCUACUUUAUCGGCCUUCGGUGACAUUGAAGAUAUGACCAUCUUACAGCCGCAUGGUAAAUUUCAUUCGAUUGUUAUCAAAUACAAGUACAGAGAAGAUGCUAUCAAAGCUUAUUUGACUUUAAAAUUCUCUGACUAUCAGCAAAUAAACAAACAUCAGAGGUGGUUUGUUGAAUGGGCUUCUAAUAUGGAUACAGAUAACCUGUAUGGCAUCUGUGGCAAUACCUGUCAGUUAGAUAAACUGAGUAUCUUUGUUGGUAAUCUGCCUGAAUCUGUCACAAAAGAAGAGCUCCAUACUAUAUUUGGUCAACAUGGUAGCAUCAUUGACCUUCAUUUGAUACAGAAACCUAAUUAUCGUCACCGAGAAAAGAAAGUGUUUGCUUUUAUUAAAUAUCAACAUGAAAAAGAAUCCUCUCAAGCCAUUGAUCAUCAGAAUGGCAGUAUUUACAAAGACAAGACAUUAAGAGUCUGUUAUAGACAAUACCAAACAAAUUCCAAGCCUUAUUAUUGUCCACCAAAGUUUAUGGAUCAAUCGGUAAAUUUUAUGCAAACAAGUGCUGAUCAUUCAUUUCAUCAGCAGAACAACCCCUCUCAAACAAAAGACAACGAGAACUAUUACCUUGAUCCUUAUCCUGUGAUGGUCUAUUAUGCCUAUUCACCUUCUUAUUAUUCAUAUCCACCUCAAGAAUUUUAUGACAAGUGAUGUUUCGCUUUGUUUAAAUCGAGUUUUCUCCCCCACAUUUGCAAAAAAAAAAAAUCCCCCCCCCC